UUCAGAUUGAUCCAGAUCUACUGCAGUCCGGGCUGAAAAAGCAAUAUCUGGUCGCAGGUUUGAAGUGUGAAGUCUCCCCUAAAUGAAAUCUUUCAAUGGGCUAUCGAAGAAGCUUUUUACCAUCAAGAAGCAAUGGAACAUAUUUAUAUUGCUUCCAAGUCUCUGGCAGAAUCCAGAGAAAUGUCUUCUCCAUUAACAGAACUUACUGCUCCCAAAAACAAAGUCCAGCAGACAAAACCGCGUCUGAAAAUCAGGAGCAGCCGUCGACUGCCUUAAGGAACGUGGCUGAGCUUGGGAAACAGUGGGGACAGAAUACAGUGAAAGCUGCAACGGCUACUGUCAACUACUGGUGGGAGAAGUAUGAGCACUUUGUCGGUCUUAUUGAAGUCAGAGGUGCUCAGUCGAAAGUUACAGAGGCUGAGCAGGCGUUCAUGGUGACCAGAGGAAUGGUCCGUGAGGCUCAUGUGAGUUUGGAGGCUCUUCAGGGAAAACUUAAGGAAGUCAGAGAUCGUCUAGACCGGGUAUCACGUGAGGAGGCACAUUAUCUGGAACUAGCAACAAUGGAACACAAGUUACUACAGGAGGAGCGUCGUCUCAAAACGGCUUACGAAAACGCAGAAGAAGGUGAACGUGAGAAAUUCGCCCUCUUCUCUGCCGGUGUGCGUGAGAGUCAUGAAAAAGAACGAGCUCGGGCUGAACGCACCAAGAACUGGUCUAUCAUUGGUUCGGUUCUUGGAGCCAUCAUUGGUGUCAUGGGGUCCACUUAUGUCAACAGGGUGCGUCUUCAGGAGCUCAAAAGCUUGCUGCUGGAGGCUCAGAAGGGACCAGCGAGCCUACAGGAGGCUAUUAAAGUCCAGGCCAGUUUGCACAAAAGCCAGCAGGAGGAACUUCAACGUCUCAUAGAUACAUUUAACCUUAAGCUUAAUGUUGUUAAUGACAGAGCAGCUAAAAACGAUAUGCCAGUGGCAGCAGCACGAUCUGCAGCUCCACCAUCUAAACCCAGUGUGUCAGAAGAAGCUAUCAGAGAGGUUCUUCUGCAAAGCCGGAGAGCUCAGCUUGUCAUGGAAGAUUUGAAACCACAUAUGGAGCAGCUGAAGCAGAACGUAGGAAAGAUGGCGACAGAAUUACAGGCUGUAAAGACGUCCAUCAUGACCCGUCCUGCAGAAAAAGCUGUCAUUCAGGCAAAAGAUACGCCGCUCAUAGUGUGUGAUACGGAGAGCGUGAUUCAAGGCCUGGACCAGACUGAGAAACGACUGGAGGCUCAGAUUAAUAGGACUACGUAUAAUAACACCAUUCUGAGCUUUACUGUGUUCGCGUUAGCCAUGCCUGUGCUGUAUGUCGUCUUUAAAGGUACUUAAUGAAGUUGUGUAGGCUGUAACAAGCACUAAAGGGGCCAUUAAAUGCAACAGAAAUUACCUUAGAUUUUACUGUCAAAGCUGUAUUAUAAUCAGAAUUAAAAUGUUUAACUUGA